AUGCACAUGCUGGAGCCGGCAGCCAGCCCGCCCAGCAAGGUGCUGAACGGAGCGGAGCAGAGCUACCACAACCUCCCGUCGGCACGCACCGAUGAGCAGGCCAUGCUGUCCUCCAUUCUCGCCAAAACAGCCAUCAACAUCAUUGACGUGUCGGCAGCGGAUUCCCAGGGCAUGGAGCAGCAUGAGUACAUGGACAGAGCCAGGCAGUACAGCACACGCCUGGCCAUGCUCAGCAACAACCUGACGCACUGGAAGAAGCUCCCACUGCUGCCAUCUCUGACUAACCAACCACACCAAGUGCUCGCCAGCGACCCUGUUCCCUUUGCAGACCUGCAGCAGGUGUCCCGGAUAGCUGCCUAUGCCUUCAGUGCACUCUCACAGAUCCGUGUCGACGCCAAAGAAGAACUGGUUGUACAGUUUGGCAUCCCCUGAAUCUGCCCCUACCACUGCUGCUUCAGUGCUUUGGGUU